ACGUCGAUAAACACCACCUUCCAUAUUUUAUUUGUCACCCAAUUGUCACCACAUGGAGGCAGGGACGCAGGGACUAGACUUUUUUCUAGUUGGCAAAGGUCGGAGGCCUCAAGUGAAGUGGUCAUUUGGCAAUGCUGUUCGGAUCGACGCGACUUUACCCGAUUCCUACCGAAGUCUCUCGGCUUCUGCUCUGCCUGCGCCAGCCUGCGCCCUCUCUCUUCUCAACUUCAUCAAAGCAAAUUCAGCUGUUCAAGUGUUCAGUUUCAGUACAGUUCUACAGUUCGGACUCUACCUAGGAAGGACUACAAGCGACAUAACUUCCUUUCAGCAUUUAAACGGAACACUUCUCGACGGCAAUUCUUACAAACUGUCGUGA